AUGUCAUCUCCGGCGAAAAACCCCAACAAAAUCAGCCAAAUCGUCAAACUAAAACAAGUCAUGCAACGUUGGCGCCGCCGCUGCAUCCCAUCCGGCGGCUCUCUCGCCGUCUACGUCGGACCCGAACGCCGUCGUUUCAUCAUCCCGACGCGGUUCCUCAACCUCCCUGUGUUCUUCUCACUGCUCAACAAAGCGGAAGAAGAGUUCGGAUUUCAAACAACCGGUGGAUUAAUUAUUCCGUGUGAUGUGGGUUUUUUUAAACGGUUGGUGAAGGUGUUGGAGAGGAAUGAGAUCGGGUUGAUGAAUCUUGGUUUGGAUGAUUUUGUUGCAAUGUUUGAUGGGUUAGCGAUAGAUUCUUCUUCUUCUUCUUCUUCUUCUAAGUAUUGUUUUAAGGAUGUUGAUGAUUUUAGUUGCCGUAGCUUUACACCUUUGUUGCAGCAGAAAGCUAGGGUUUGA